AUGUUGACCCUCGCGCCAUCAGGUUUCCACCGCAGCGACGUCCAUCUUCUGCCUUCUAUUCGACAGGCCCUGGAACAAGGUGCAAAGAACAAAGGGUGUCUAGUUGCUCGAAGGAGCGAUAGUUGUGAGCCACCGGGUAUCACGGCCCGGAUCGAUCACGAGGGGGCCAGAGAUCAUCAGAUGGAACAGAUGAACCUGAUAUAUCACAACGCAGAACUGACCAUUAUUGCUGCUGCCAGGAGCAGUGUGGAAUACGGGCUGCCGGGAGUGGGAGCGGGAUACCGCCCACGGAGCAUACAACAAGUUGUCAAGAUUGGCAACAUCGAAAUAGUGCCCACCAUGAGGCAUCCUCACGCCGUCAUCCAAACGUCAAAAUGGUCGAAAAGGGCGUGGCCUUUCCAAGAAGGCAUUCUCAGCCGUCGCCGCCUCAUUUUCACCGACGACCAAAUGUACUUUGAAUGCGAUGGUAUGAACUGUCAUGAGAGCGUCACGAAUGUGCCAAAAAGGAACGACCAUUGGAGCAACUUGGAAUACUGCCAGCAAAUUGAGAGCUCGCUGGAUCAGCUGCAUGCUCCACACAAGCGCGAAUUCGACCGCACAUUGCGACCUGGAAUCCUGGGAUGGAACGAUAAGCGGCCCUUUGGCCAACCUGUCCGUCCGGGCUCGCAUGCUGCCUUUGUGCGGUUCCUGGAAAUGAUACAGGUAUACUCGGCCAGGGAGCUACCGUGUCCUUCCGACGCCCUCAAGGCAUUCGAUGGUAUCGCCAGCAAGUUUGAAGUUCUUCCGGACAGAAUCGACCAGAUCUGGGGCAUUCCUUUCUAUUGUAACGAAGAAAGGACCCUGGAGGAGACUUUUGUGGCCGGGCUUGCUUGGAAUCACACGGGAAGGGCGGGCUAUAGCCUAGAAGGGCUGCCUGAGCCAAGGGACAUAUUCCCGACUUGGUCGUGGAUGAACUGGUACGGCGAGGUCGAGUAUCGCGAGCUUGAUCUAUACAAAGGCGGAUACAAGUCUGCCUUCAAGAGUGCCGUGGCAUCUGUUGUCCUGGAAGCCGACGACGGGUCACUGCUCACCCUUUCCGAGUACCUGGAGAUUUUUCAGGCUGGAAUCAAUCGUUCCGACAACCCCGAGGCAGUCCGGUUAGAAGCAUGGGUUUUCCCACCAUCUGCUUUUGUUGUCGUCGAGGGCUCUCACUUGACGUUGUUUGGGCACCUUACAUGUCUACAUAUAUCGAUUGCAGAUAAUCCAUUCUACGCAGGUCUGGCGAGUCUGGCCCAGAGGGGUUUGGAGUUUAAAACGGAAUGGAUAUGCAUUUAUCUGGGCUCUGUCGAGAGCAAGAAGAUCAGCCUGGUUGUCCGCUAG